AUGGUUGAUGUUCACAAUAAGAGCGUAACGCAUAGAACUGCAAUAACGAGGGGCACAAUUAAGUUUAGCAACCCUACAGCUAUUGAGCAGAUCAAAACAAACAGCAAUAAAAAGGGAGAUGUACUUGCCAUAUCAAGAGUUGCUGGUAUCAUGGCUGCAAAGAAGACUUCUGAGUUGAUACCGCUAUGCCAUCCAUUGAGUAUCACCAAGAUAGUCAUCAACUUAAAAGUCGAUGCCGAAGCCAAUGAAAUAGAUGCCGAAUGUACGGUUGAAUGUGAUGGUAAAACAGGUGUGGAGAUGGAGGCUUUAACCGGCUUGCAGGUUUGCUUGCUUACUGUAUACGAUAUGUGUAAAGCUGUCGAUAAACGAAUGGUAAUCACCAAUUGCAGGUUGGCAAGAAAGACUGGAGGCAAGAGUGGUGAUUGGUUAUUGGAGAACUGA